AUGAAGCACAAAGUCUCCAAGAGAGCAACAAUCUCUCUCAGAUGGGUUCCAUUUCUCUGCAUCUCUUUCUUCGCCCUCGGAGAAAUUUUCACCUCAAGGUCAUGGAUUCCGUCGUCGGAUUCCGGUAGUCAGCUGAUUUCACAGCGCCGUCGUGAUCAUGAACUUCAGAUCGUCUCAGACGAUUGUGGUCAUAAGAAAAAAGCUACACAAGAAAAAGAUGUAAUUGACCAAGUUUUGAGAACUCAUGAUGCAAUACAAAUGGAGUUGUCGUCUACAAGGACCUCUCAAGAAACAGUUGGUGAUGGCUCAGAAGCAACACCAAGGAAAAAAGUGUUCAUGGUUAUGGGAAUAAACACCGCUUUUAGCAGUCGUAGAAGGCGUGAUUCAGUCAGGGAAACAUGGAUGCCUCAAGGGGAGAAGCUUGAGAAGUUGGAGCAAGAGAAGGGAAUUGUAAUCAAGUUCAUGAUUGGACACAGUGCAAUGGCGAAUAGUAUAUUGGAUAGAGCUAUUGACUCAGAAGAUUCUCAGCACAAGGACUUCCUCAGGCUGGAGCAUGUUGAAGGAUAUCAUGAACUCUCAGCGAAAACCAAAAUAUUCUUCUCCACUGCAGUAGCUAAAUGGGAUGCAGAGUUCUACAUCAAGGUUGAUGAUGAUGUUCACGUCAAUCUCGGUAUGCUUGCUUCCACACUUGCUCGUCACCGAUCAAAGCCGAGAGUCUAUAUUGGCUGUAUGAAAUCAGGACCUGUUCUUGCUCAAAAGACAGUGAAGUACCAUGAACCAGAGUAUUGGAAAUUUGGAGAGGAUGGUAACAAGUACUUUCGACAUGCUACAGGACAGAUCUAUGCCAUCUCUAAAGAUCUUGCUAAAUACAUAUCUAUCAACCAGCCAAUUUUGCAUAAAUAUGCUAAUGAAGAUGUGUCUUUGGGGUCAUGGUUUAUUGGACUUGAGGUUGAACAUAUUGAUGACAGGAACUUCUGUUGUGGGACUCCUCCAGAUUGUAGAUGGAAGGCAGAGGCGGGAGAUGUGUGUGUAGCGUCAUUCGAAUGGAGCUGCAGUGGGAUUUGCAAGUCGAUUGAGAGAAUGAAGAUAGUCCAUGAAGUUUGUAGUGAAGGAGAAGGAGCUGUUUGGAAUGCAAUUCUCUAA